AUGGCGUCUGACCUGGUAAAUGAUUCAAAGCUACCUGUUCAGUUCUUCGCAGAACGCACACAUCAUGUCGUUUUCGAAUCGGAUGCUAGACAGAAGGUUCGGCGACAACGAAAGGAAGAAAUUUGGGGAAGAGUGAAACAUCUUAGGAAAGGAGGCUUUGGGAGCGUUUGGCUGGAGCAAUGUUUGACAACUGACAGUCAACCAAAGUCUCACGCUGUGAAGGAGAUACCAAAAGUGACACCUUUCUCCCAAACUAUUGAUUACAAACGAGAGUUGGAAACAAUUACAAAGUUUUCUCAGAGGAAGUACAAUGGGCUCUUUGUGAGAUCUUUUGGGUGGUACGAGGACGCAAAGCAUGUGUACAUCGCAAUGGAAUACUUCCAACUAGGCGAUCUUCAAACAUAUCUUGGGCGACCAUUACCAGAAUGGGAGACCCAGCAAAUUACUCAUCAACUCUUGGAGGGCCUAAAAGAGUUGCAUGCGAAUGGAGAGAUGCUUAUCAGAUAUUUGUAG